UCUCCGGAGUCUGCUCAGAGCCCACCCCUGGGGCCGCCCUAUUAUUCCUCCCAGGCUCCUGGAUGCUCAUCUGCUCUCAGGUCUGGAAGAGAUGCUCCACCUGCAGGUCCUGGAGCCUUGCCAGAAGUUUCUGGAAAAGCUAGUUGAUUCAGCCUCCAGGAGAAGAGGAGAAGGUGUUGGGCUGAGGGAGUGCCCUGGAGGCGGGGCCCCGGCUGUUGAUAGGAUCGUGGCUCCUCAGAGGCUGGCAGGUUCACAGUCAGUCCCAUGCCAUUGGAGUAGUCGCUGCCAGCCAGCCAGGGAGCUGUCAUCUUGGAGGGACCCGGGCCUGGAGUGGAGCCAAAGGUUUGGCAUGGAGAGAACGACACCUAGGGGACCACCUGGCCAUCCUCACCAGGGGGAGACCUCUGCCUGCUGGCAGCUCACCGUGAGGGUCCUGGAGGCGCGGGGCCUGGGCUGGGCUGACCUCUUGAACGAGGCAGACCCCUACGUGAUCCUACAGCUGCCAACCGCACCUGGAACAAAGUUCAAGACCAAAACAGUCACCAACUCCAGUCAUCCUGUAUGGAACGAGACCUUCACUUUCCUGAUCCAAAGUCAGGUCAAGAAUGUUCUGGAGCUGAGCAUCUAUGACAAGGAUGCCAUCAAGAAGGACGACGCCUGCUUCAAGGUUCUCUGUGAUGUCUCUGAAGUCCUCCCUGGCAGGUGGCUCCGGAAGACCUUCUCCCUGCAUCCCCAGGGACCGGAGGAGCUGGAUGUGGAGUUCCUGAUGGAGAAAACGUCAGGCUGCCCAGAAAACCUCAUCACCAAUAACGUGCUUGUGGCCCGAGAACUGUCAUGCCUGGAUGUCCAUCUAGACAGCACGGGGAGCACAGCUGAGGCUGCAGAUCAGGGCGAGCUGGAGCUGGAGCUGGAGCUGGAGCUGGUGCUGAAGGGCUCAUAUGAGGACACACAGACAUCUGCCCUGGGAACAGCCUCUGCCUUCCGCUUCCACUACAUGGCGGCCCAAGAGGCAGAGCUGAGUGGGUGCCUGAGGACCUCUAAAAGCAAUGGCUGGAACUCAGGCAACUCAGUUGGGCACCUCACUAUGCCCCUGAGGUCCUUGGCCAUGGGGAAGGAGGUGACAGUUGACGUUCCCGCUACAAAUGCCCCAGGAGUGAAGCUGCAGCUCAAGGCUGAGAGCUGCCCGAAGGAGCUGGCUGUGCAUCUGGGCUUCGAUUUGUGUGCGGAGGAGAAAGCCUUCCUGAGCAGGAGGAAGCAGGUGGUGGCCAAGGCCCUGAAGCAGGCCUUGCAGCUGGACAGAGACCUACAGGAAGAUGAGGUCCCCGUCGUGGGCAUCAUGGCCACAGGAGGAGGUGCCCGGGCCAUGACCUCUCUCUAUGGCCACCUGUUCACCCUGCAGAAGCUGGGCCUUCUGGACUGUGUGACCUACUUCAGUGGCAUCUCGGGCUCUACAUGGACAAUGGCCCAUCUGUAUGGGGACCCUGAGUGGUCGCAGAGGGACCUGAAGGGACCCAUCAGACACGCCCGGGAGCACCUGGCCAAGAGCAAGCUAGAGGCCUUCUCUCCUGAGCGCCUGGCGAGCUACCAUCGGGAGCUGGAACAACGGGCUGAGCAGGGCCACCCCACGACCUUUGUGGACCUGUGGGGUCCGGUGCUGGAGUUCAUGCUGCACGGACAGGUGAUGGAUCAGAAGCUGUCAGGACAGAGAGCUGCGCUGGAGCGGGGCCAGAACCCUCUGCCCCUCUACUUGAGCCUCAAUGUCAAAGAGAACAAUCUGCAGACCCUGGACUUCAAGGAGUGGGUCGAGUUCUCCCCCUAUGAGGUCGGGUUCCUGAAGUAUGGAGCCUUUGUCCCUUCUGAGCUCUUCGGCUCGGAGUUCUUCAUGGGGCGGCUGAUGAGGAGGAUCCCUGAGUCCCGAAUCUGCUUUCUACAAGGUAUCUGGAGCAACAUUUUCUCCCUGAACUUGCUGGACGCCUGGUAUGACCUCACCAGCUCCAGUGACGCCUGGAAGCAGCACAUCAAGGACACAGUCAGGAACCUGGAGGAACCGCCUCCCUCCUCGGGGACCUCCUCAGGGCCGGAGGCCUUGUGGCUCCAGCCUGGAACAGCGCUGGCCCAGACGUUGAAGGGCUUCCUGACGAACAGACCACUCUACCAGCGCAGCUCCAACUUCCUCCAGGGCCUCCAGCUGCACCAGGACUACUGUGCCCAGAAAGACUUCUCCACCUGGGCAGACCGCCAGGUGGACUCCUCCGCCGGCCAGCUGACCCCGCAGGAGCCCCAGCUCUGCUUGGUGGAUGCCGGCUACUUCCUCAACACCAGCUGUCCCUCCAUGUUCCGGCCAGGCCGCAGGCUGGACCUCAUACUAUCCUUCGACUACUCUCUAUCCUCGCCCUUUGAGGUGCUGCAGCAGACGGAGCUAGACUGCCGGGCCCGGGGGCUGCCGUUCCCCCGCGUGGAGCCCAGCCCUCAGGACCGACUCCAGCCACGGGAGUGCCACCUCUUCUCAGACCCCACCUGCCCUGAUGCCCCUGUCCUGCUUCACUUCCCGCUGGUCAACGCCUCCUUCAAGGACCACUCAGCCCCAGGUGUCCAGCGCAGCCCCACAGAGCUCCCGGCCGGCCAGGUGGAUCUCACCGGGGUCACCUCCCCCUAUUCCAUGUUCAACAUGACCUACAAGGAGGAAGACUUUGACCGCCUGCUGCAGCUCAGUGACUACAACGUACGGAACAGCCAGGGCACCAUCCUGCAGGCUUUGAGGACCUCUCUGAGGCACCAGGCCCCGGGGGCCAGGCCUCCAGGGCCGCAGACUUGAGUCUUCUCGGGGUCCCCAAGAUUUGAGGGCCACACUCUGAUCCUGGGGGCUGGGGGCUUAACCCACCUGCAGUGGGCACAGCCACGGCGCUCACGGGGCUGGAGUUCCCGGGCUCUCCCAGGCCUGGGCCGCCUCUGCGGCUGGUCUCACCGCCCAGAGGGGCUGUGGCCCACCCCGAGUUCUCCCUCACCUUCAUAGCUGGUUUGGGAGGAGCUGACAGCAAACUCCUUACCAGGCCAGCGUAUAGAACAGCUGGUUCGACCAAACAUUUACCCGUAGUUCUUUUCACGCCUGAACAGAAUGGAUUUGAGGUGCACACUGGAGGUGCCAGACCAGGAGUGGGGACAGGCAGGGCAGGGGAGGGCCUGGGAGGUGGCUCCAGGUAUCAGGAAUCACAGUACGUCCUGACAGGCACCCCUUAAUGCCUCUGCUCCUCCUCCUCCUUUUAUACUAUUUUUACGCAACUUUAGUGAGAUAUAAUCCACAUGCCAUAUAAUUCAUCCAUCUAAAGUAUGCAAUUCAAUGGCCUUUACUAUAUAUUCAGAGUUGUGAAACCAUCACCACAGUCAAUUUGAGAACAUUUUCAUUAACCCAAAAAGGAACCCCUCACCCCUUAACUGUCAACCUCAAACCACGCCCACCCCAGCCCUAG